AUGAAGACUAUCGUGUUAAUUAUUUCCACACUCAUUUUUUGUUCCGCUGGAAUUGUCUUGACGCCUCCGGAGAAGAAUGAGAAAUCGGGACACGACUACAUGGUUUUGGAUUUCAGUGACAAUGAGCUACCCGUUCAAAUAGCAACUUCUAAGGAAGAGCAAAUUGCCUACUUGGGAAGAAAAGAUGGGCGAAUUUAUCCAAAGAACCACAAAUUUUACUACUGGGACAGAACACGACGGAAGAUGUUGAAUGUUGUGGAAGAGUCGAGUGGAAAGAAACGUUAA